AUGCGUCUUCUACACAAAUUGCCGAGCCCAGACAUAGACAGAGGAAGCAAAGCGAUGGUUUGCUUUGACUGGAAAUCAGAGAGAUCCUGUGAAGAAUUUGAUGGAGAAAAAGCGAAAAAACUUCAGCGAACAGAAAAGCGACAUGACUCAGGUGGUCUUGGCCUCUACAACAAUCAGCCUACAGUUGUCGGAGGCUGGGAAAACGAAGGUGAAGUUGAAACACUGACGAAAGAGGGCUGGAUACCACUCCCUCCUCAUCCCAAAAUUAUCUCUUAUACUUAUGUCGUCAGCAUGCCGUCAGGCUCGAUGCUUACUGUUGGAGGUUUGGACUACAAAAGUUGGGAGAAACUUUAUCAAAUAUUUUGUCUGUCAAAGAAUCAAUGGUCAAAAAUUGGAAUUCUUACGAAAGCUGUGGAUGAACCAACAGCGAUCUUGAUCGGCGACUUCAUUUAUAUCUUUCCGGGUUACACGGAUGAUUACGAAUCUUGGAUUCAAAGAGUUAAUUUAGAUUCUGAAGAAAAUUUUAUUUCCUCGGCUGUUAUUGCGGAGCAAAAAGUAAAUAACAGAGGUCCUGUUCUCUUUCUGAGCCCGUUUAAUUACUGUAGCACAUGA